AUGCUUGAUGUGGUACGUGCAUACCAUUAUAUUUCCAAAAUAGUUCUGCCACAUAAGCUACGGUAUUUAGAGAACAUGUUAAACGCGGAAGUAAUUGCUAAAGCCGCAAAGAUACGUCAAAGGAUGGAAGCUAAUCCCAACAUACCAGAUAGUGACAAAAGUUGGCCGAUGUUACUUGCAAAAUAUCAGGAAGACGAGAAGAAAACCGCCCCCGUAUACUCUUACAACAGUCUGUAUGGACGAAGAAUGCCGAACUAUUAG